GCCUGUACUACAUUUCCCGUCAGGCGUUGCAGGGAGAACGCAACGGCGUUGUUUGGCGCCUGCUUAUCCGGGUCUUCCAGCGGUCCAGCCAAUCAGCGCUCACCAAGGGCUUGCGCCAGGCGCUGAUUGGUGAGUUUGGACGGCCGAGCCCUGUUCGAAAUCCGUUAACGGCGGCGGCAGAGGCGCCGCGCGGAGUGGCGGCGGCGCUGCGGAGGGCUGUAGCGGUGCAGGCAGAGGACUCGUGGGGACAGUGUCACUGUGAAGAUGUCUAAGCCAGAAUCCCGUUACUCUUUUGAUGUCCCAAACAUCUGCAUCGACUUUGCAACUCUGAAUGAGGAUGAUGUACACAAUGCAGACUCCUGGUUUGACCAAAAAGCCAAUCUGGAGAACAUCCCUCCUGCAGAAAAUCUGGCAAAGGUCUCACACUGCAGCCCUGCUUUUUCAAAGCCCGAUGUUAUUGUGCCUUCUGUCCCACCACAAGAAGUAGUGAUGAGUGAAAGCGAUGGUGAAGCCGAAUGUGCCCAGGGCAACGCGGUCCCUCAGAAUAUCGUUGGGUCCCUGGCAACCUGGAGAGCUGCUGCCCCUGCAGAGGCCCCUCAGAGACCAGGCAGGAAACCGGCUACAAAGCAGGGGAAAACCCAGCAGCGCAAGCAGCCAGGCAGAAUGAAAGCAGAGAGAAUUGCUAAUACCCUGGAUAAUAAGGAAGACGUUCCACCCCUGAAGAAAAUGAGAAUCCUUAGAGUACCAAGGAAAGCUGGAUGGUCUGUACCUGGGCCUGGGGGGAGUUCUGGCAGCAGAGAGAAGGUGACAGAAGCAUCCACAAAGAGCGAGCCCCUGCAGGAUCCUGACCUCUCCCCAGGCAGAGGGAAAAGCAAACUGACCAUGCCUUCCACGCCAACAAUGUUGAAGAGGACCAAACCUUCUAGCAAGCUGAAGAGUACAGAGGAGCAGGAGCUGGAAAAGAUGCAGCAGUUGCAGCAGGAGGUUAUGGAGCUGAGGAAGAAGAACGAGGAGUCUCUGAAAGCAGCUAUUGCUGGAGCAGGACAACCUGUGAAGAGACCUGUUAGUCAAGUAACAAAGCCAAUUGAUUUUCACUUCUGCACGGAGAAUAGAAUUAAACAGAAUGUGGAAACCCAGCCUGGGAACGAGUACAAGGAGCUGGAUUUUGCAGCAGUACUGAGGAAGCAUCCUCCUUCUCCGGUGCGAAUGCCAAAGGGACCCACUGUCCCCAAACCUUUCAAUCUGUCCCAGGGAAACAAAAGAAAACUCGAAGAAGCCACAACAGAGUAUGUGUCCUUUGCUGAGCAGGUAGAAGCAUUCCAAAAACGCACACCCCCUCGUUACCAUUUGAGGAGCAGGAAAUCUGAGGAAGGCUCUGUUUCCAAAAAGCCGGUGAAGGCUCGGCUCACACACCCCAAAACACCAGUGCUGAGAACAAAGCAGCGCUUGAGACCUGUCACCUGCAAAACUGCUGCAGAGUUAGAAGCAGAGGAAAUAGAGAAAAUUCAACAGUACAAAUUCAAAGCACGAGAAGUCAAUCACAAAAUCUUUGAGGGUGGGCCACUCCUGCCCAAGAAACCCACUGUGAAGGAGCUCACCCAACCUAUCGGCUUUCAGCUGGAAAUAGAAAAAAGGAUUCAGGAGCGUGAGAGUAAGAAGCAGCAGGAGGAAGAGCGCUUCGAAUUCCAUUCCAGGCCAUGUCCCACAAAAAUCCUGGAGGAUGUUGUGGGUGUUCCAGAGAAGAAAGCACUUCCUGUUACAGUCCCCAAGUCUCCAGCCUUCACACUGAGAAGCAGGACCCGUGUGUCUGGCAGGGAGGAAGAGAAGGAAAAAGAGGAGGUGGCUGUGAUCAAAGCUAAUCCUAUGCCACAUUAUGGAGUGCCCUUCAAACCCAAAAUGCCAGAGCAGAGGCAUGUGGAAGUUUGCCCCUUCUCUUUUGAUGCCCGGGACAGAGAGCGACAAAUACAAAAAGAGAAAAAAAUUGAAGAACUACAGAAGGAAGAGGUGCCAAAGUUCAAAGCGCUGCCUCUGCCUUACUUUGACCAAGUUAAACUGCCAGAAAAGAAGGUCAAAACCCCAACUCAGCCUGAACCGUUCCAUCUGCAGGUGGAUGAACGGGGAGCUGCCAAGCUCCAGAGCUGGAAACAGCAGCUUAAAGAAGACUUGAAAAGGCAGAAAGAGGCAGCAUGUUUUAAAGCUCGUCCCAACACAGUGAUGUACCAGGAGCCUUUUGUGCCCAAAAAGGAACAUAAGAUGCUAUCAGAGAGCCUUUCUGGUUCUGUAGUUCCUGAAAGCUUUGAGCUGGCAACAGAAAGAAGAGCAAAAGAACGGCAAGAAUUUGAAAAGCGAUUGGCAGACGCAGAAGCCUUAAGGGAGAGGUAUGAGGAGCAGAUCAGGCAGCAACAAGAGGAGCGUGAAAAGGAAGAAGUUGCUAAGCUAAGACAAGAGAUGGUUCACAAGGCAAACCCAAUACGCAAAUACCGCAGCCUAGAAGUGAAGCCCAGUGAUCAACCACUGACUAUGCCAAAGUCUCCCAACUUCUCAGACAGAUUCCGAUGCUGAUGAGCAUCCACGUGAGAACUGGGGGGAGAUCCCAUCCCUCUCCACUCCCUUGGUAGGAGAGAGGGAGCAGUUGUUUUUCCAUGACUGCUCAGUCUGAACUCGCAUGCUUGGUUCCAUUGUCGUACUGAGUAGUUAAACUCCACCUGAGCCCAUGGCAUUUCAGCAGUGCCUCCUGGCCUUGCUGUGUAUCCAGACCCCAUCUUCUCUAGAGACUAAACCAGGUUUUGAUAUUGCAUACAGAUAUUGUGUACCUAAAUAAAAAUUCCUAAUCUGCUCGCUGUCUCUGGCUAGUGGGCUGAAGCCCUUUCCUGCAGAAGAGUUUUUGGUAAAGACUGACCACACAGAUGUGUACCUGGCAGGGCUGUCUUGUGUUUUUACACUAAGUGCUAUUUUCAAGUGUCUGUUUUUUAGCCUUUUAGCCUACAUUUAGCUUGAAUUGUGUUAAGUGAGGUUCCUUCAAGCCAGCGUAGCGUGGGUCUGGCCUUCCUUGUUGAUGUUUAGGUGACCACAAAUAUAAAUCUCGCCCACGCUUAAAAGUAGUUCUUUGUGUAUAUUAGAGCAUUAAACCAUCUUGCUGUUUUACAGCUGAAGUCCUUCUCUUUGGGGAACCAUUUAUCUGGCAAGUGACUUGCUGUGAGCUGCUGCCCCAGCUCCUGCCAGUGCAGGUCUCUUGGCUACAGAGCCAUCAGCAUCUCUGGCCAGUUUGGGCAGUGAGCAGAGCUAAAUAUGCUCAAAUAUGCUGGAGGACAAAAGUGCUGGCAUUGUGAAGAGUGGACACAUCCGGAUUAAAGUUUUAAUAAUUAUUU